AUGCCAUGCUCCGGGUGCCGCCCGUCCUCCGGCGAGCUUGGGAGGCGCAAACCGCCCAGGGGGCUCUGCGCUGCCUGGUGUGCUCGGAAGGGAUAUCGCCCUUUUGCGAGGGCCCGCGUGCCGGUCAGGGCCCGGGACACUGAUGGACACCUCCGGGCCUCCGGACUGCUCGUUUCGGCCUCCGGGUCGCUAUCGGCCCGGAGUGCGGGCAAGAGGAAGGCUGCCACGUACAUCCCAAACUCGGUAUCCUUUCAAGACCAGUCUGUACUCCCUUGGAGUGGUUGUACAGUCUUGACACUGAGUGUUCUCUGCCCUGGCUUUGCCAGACAUGGGAUGCUGGAGGAGAUUCGCGACAUUCCUCCUUGGCGUGCUUCUCGCUGGCGCAUGCGUGCGAGACGCACAGGCUGA